CCAUUCGAUUCGGUUUAGACACACCCUUGGAUUAUAAUUUUUUUUUUUUUACUCCUGUCAACAUAAUCUAUCUCUCUUUUUUUAAGAUUAUUUCUUUUUAUCUCAUAUUUUUUCAAGACUUUGAUAAGUUUUCCACCAUAACCAUGGAGUUUGACAUGAAACCCCUGAACCUUUAAGGUUUAGAUGCCCCAGACGCAGUUGGAGUGAGAAGAACCAUCCUCCAUCACGCAGUCACGUAGUCCUCUGCCACUCUGUCCGUCAUCUGGAGAAAAAAACCCCCAGAAGCGUGCAGGACCAAAAAAGGGAACUCUGUUUUUGCCUAACAGUGCCUCUCAUUUUGUGAAAGCAGCAGAUUACCUUAGCAGUGUUCCUGCCUCAGAGUGCUUCCUGUGCCGAGGGGUGUGGUGUGGAGUGAAGCGGUCCGGGGAGUGCGUGGAGGGGUAGGAACCCUCUGCCUGUCAGCCUGUGUCCUACCCUUUCCCUCCCUACAACACCAUGACCACUGCGGUCCAGUCCAGCGAGCUUGUCUUUGAGUUCGCCAGUAAUGGGAUGGAUGAAAUCAAUCAGCUGGACGACCCUUCAGUGUUCCCAGCGGUGAUCGUGGAGCAGGUGCCCGCUGCCGACCUCAUGCAGGUGUACUCUGGACUGGAGGCAGAUGAGGUGACUAAUGGCAUCAUGGUGGAUGCCAUUCAGGAUGUGGUGGAAGAGAGCAUGAUGGGAGAUGUGGGGCUCUCUGGUGAGUCCAAUAAGUGCAAGCUGUGGGGCAAGCACAAAAACAAGCCUGAUAUGAACUACGAAACCAUGGGCAGAGCACUCAGGUACUAUUACCAGAGGGGUAUACUGGCCAAGGUUGAAGGACAGAGGCUUGUUUACCAGUUUAAGGAGAUGCCCUCAGAUCUGGUCAUUAUUGAUGAGGAUGAUAGCCAAGGGGACGACGCCAGUUCUGGCUACGGAGGGCAACGGUCCACUCCUCACGGACGGGCAGUGGGCCGCGGUUCAUCACGUGCGCAGGGGAAGAGCACACAGGUGAAGUCAGUGAAGAGAGAGAUGAGUCCCGGGCUGAACGGCAAUGGAAAACAAGCAGAACAGCUGGUGCAGACCAUCCAUGUUCUUCAGCCAAAUCAAGGAGCUGCUGUCCCAGCGUCUACACACUCCGUAAGGACUAUAAAUAUGCCAGGCUCUGUUCCCAUGGUCCUCACAUCAGGAGCUCAAGGAGGUGGUCCAGUCACCCUGCAGACCUUGUCGCUGUCCUCUGUUCUGACCAAUGGGGAUUCCUCUACACAUGCCUCGCCACCUCGGGUCAUUCUCCACACUGUGCCUUCCACCAGCCCUGGCAGUAAAGAUGUGCUCACCAUCCAGACUGCCUCUCUGACGACAGACAGCAUCCAGUCCCAGCAGCUCCUUGUGUCCACUCUGGGUUCAUCCAGUGGAGGGGUCAUCAGCACCACAUCACAGCAAGCCGGAUCUCUUAAUGGCAUCACCCGCCUGGUCACUCUCAAUGCCAACGGGCAGCCUGUAGUGGCCCAGCAGCCUGGAACGGUCAUCGCCACUAUCCUAAAGCCCAGUGAACUUCAAGGCCUGCAGGUGAAGGAGGAGAUCCUAGACCCCCAGUACCUCCAAUCUCUGGUCAACAGCAACCCUAGUGUGGCCUCGUAUGGCAAAGCUGAGCUCGAGGAAGGAGUGGCAGAGCUGAGCUACAGAACUGUGAUUAUCAACAGUGCAGGUCAGGAGCUGUACCAGACCCUCAAUGGACACUCGGACAUGGGCUUGCAGCUGGCCAGCAGCCCUAGUGAGGGCCUGACCCCCGUGGAGGAACUAGAAGUGAGGGGAGAAGUGGCUCUGCAUCCGGAACCUGAGGCUAAAGAGCUGUUAGAGGGCUCUCAAGGUCUGCAGGAAUUGCAGGGCACCAUGCAGAUACCCGCAUCCCACUUCAUCCAGGUCAAGGCGGAACCGGCUGAGACCUAAACUUUCGGCUGAAGCAGGGGAAUGUGGACACAAUCGACCAACACGUGAAAAAAACCCAGGAUAUUUUCUGUAAUUUAUUGCUCUUGAUUGUUUAGAAUGGGUGUUGACCCGAAGACUGCUGUUUACUCAAAGUUAUUGUGAUAUUGUGCCUAAAUUCGAACCUUGAGGGAUACCGACCACGAUGUCAUGAUGAAAGCUCUUUGGUAUGCUCUCUGUCACUUCCAAACUCCCAACAGUAGAGCAGCCAUUCUCCAACCAGGGAUAUUCCCACCAUAUGUGCCAGUUGAGAUGUUUCUGUCUCUUCUCAUCUCCACAGACAAAUCCAAAGACUUUAUCCAGCAGAGGGACCAAAGGAGGAGUUGGUGGGAAGCCAAAAAUAAACCAACAACAUACCAUUGACUUUAGGAUUUAAAAAACACACACAGUUGCUUAGGACAUAAAAGAUGGAUAAACUUUUUUUUUUCUUUUGUAGCCAUCUUCAAGGACUUCAAAAGGAUGCCUACUGGAAUAAGACUGAAAGAGUGCCUAGGUGGUUAAUGCUUUGUUUUGGAAGUGAUGCUUUGAAGGGGAAGAUUGUAUGAUUCACUCUGUUUUAAAUACAGAAUUAUGACAUUAUCUCAUCCCCCUCAUACCAUCAGAACUGAAGAGGUUAUUAUUUUUCCAUCACACACAAAUUUAAAAGCACUGUGCUUUUAUGGAAAUGGGCAUUGCCUGUCCAAAGAGACAGUUCUAGUAGACUUUGUUUGUAUAUAGUAACAGACUAGAGAAUAUAGUGACAAAUUCCAAAAUCAGCUGCAAAGUAUUUCCCCAUUAUAAUCUUGUUCAUAUGAAAUGGAACGCAGUAUACAUAAAUAUAUAUAUAUAUAUAUAAAUAUAUAAUAUACAACUAAGAUUCAAUUUAUGGCCAC